AUGUCGAUAGCUCCGAUCAUCACCUUCAAAGCAGGUAUCUGCGACCUGGAUCUCUCCAGUACUCCUGCCUCCGUCAAGCCGAAGCCUACCCCAGGCUAUGUCUACCUUUACUCCGAAGAUGAUCUUAUCCACUUCUGCUGGCGCUCGCGUAGCGCCUCACUAGAUGAGCCCGAGCUUGACCUCGUGAUGAUUCCCUCAGACGGUAGCUUUACUCCCUACAAGCCGUCCGGCAGGGACGCUACGAAUGGCCGCAUCUUUGUCCUGAAGUUCUCAUCCAGCUCUCAGCGAUACCUGUUCUGGAUGCAGUCUCAGUCCCAGCAUGAGGACGGCGACCCAAGCUGGUUCAGUCCUCGUGACUUGAAGCUUGGAGAAAUUGUCGAUGUCCUGCUGCAAGGCGAGGAUGUUGAUGUAGAGCACGAGAUCGCCAACCUUCCUCGUCGGCCCUCGGGCGGUGAUGACGAUGAGACCAUGGAGGACGUGGAAGGCACCGACCAUGAUCGCGGCCGAUACCACAGCACAGGUAGUGGCGGUGCUGGCCCCGAUGCGACCGGUGGCGACGUGCGUGAGGAGGGACAAGAGUCGCGAGAGGGUGGUGCCGACGGUGGACGAGCAGCAACUACCGAGGAAGAUCCAGCGUCGGUUGUCCAGGACUUUUUGAAGUCCCUGGGCGGCCGCCAGAGCCAGAGCCAAUCCCAAUCCCAAGAUCCCGAACGACCAUCUACGACACUCCAAGACCUCCUUCCACCUUCAACCACGCUGCAAUUUAUCGAUUCUGCUGAUACCAAUACUGCCGAUCAUCUCCUGAGCUUCUUGCCGCCCGCACUACUUUUACUGGCCCAGGGCAAUGCCGAGGAGGCUUCGGAAGCCGACACGGACCCGGAACUUGCCCAAGGUGCUCUCCUGUCCCUCGACCUCUCCCAGAAAAAAGAUAUUCUACGAAAAGUGCUUCGUUCUCCUCAAUUCAUGCAAAGCUUGGCCAGUCUUACUGUAGCCAUCCGUGAUGGUGGACUUCCGACUAUUAGUGAGGCUUUGCAGAUCCCCGUGGCUAAUGGAGGGUUUAUGCGGAGAGGUGGAGUACCCCUUGGUGGCGGCGAUGCGGUAGAUGCGUUCCUGGAUGGCGUUCGGCAACAUGUUAAAGAAAAUGAUUCUCAGAUGGAUACCGAUUGA